UGUGACCCCUUGAGACACACCACCAUCUUCUCCCAGCAACUCUUAACUCACAUUGGAAUUGGGGUGACACUCCGGGCUGCCAUUCUUAUAGGACCAUCCAUUAUGCUCAUCAAAUGUCGUCUGAAACUCUACCGAACUACGGUCAUCUCUCACUCUUACUGUGAGCACAUGGCCGUUGUGAAGCUAGCUAUUGAAGAUGUCAGGAUCAACAAGAUAUAUGGUCUAUUCGUUGCCUUCAGUAUCUUAGGUUUUGACAUAAUCUUCAUCACCUUGUCUUACGUUCAAAUCUUUCUCACUGUGUUUCAAUUGCCCCAGAAGGAGGCAAGAUUCAAGGCCUUUAAUACGUGCAUUGCCCACAUCUGUGUCUUCCUCCAGUUCUACCUCCUUGCUUUCUUCUCUUUCUUCACACAUCGGUUUGGUUCUCACAUACCGCCAUAUGUUCAUAUCCUCCUAUCAAACCUUUACCUGUUAGUCCCACCUUUUCUCAACCCCAUUGUCUAUGGUGUGAAAACCAAACAAAUUCGUGACCAUGUCCUGAAAAUGUUUUUCUCCAAAAAACAUCUGGAUCAUUAGC